AUGACCGAUCAAGUCAAAUCCCGAGUUUUUGGUGACCAAAUUCAAAAGUACUCCCAGAUCAUGAACAACGCUCUGAGCAAGUAUAAAGUUUCAGAUGAUCUUACCGAUGAAAAUUACAUCGAGUGGAGCCAGUCCUUGAUGGAAGUUUUUCGUUCACUUGAAUUUCACAACUAUUUUAAAAUUGAGAACUACCGAAAACCUGCUUUAUCUGAUGAAGAACACGAGAAGACCAGGUUUAAUCUUACCACCUUCGUUCUCCACCGAUUGGACUCAACCAAUAAAGUCAGAACCCGAAAUCAUUUAACGGAUCCCAAAGACGCCUGUGAAAUCAUAUACGAUCCUUAUGUUUGCUGGAAGUUUCUCAAAACUUAUCAUAAUCGUGUCUCCAAGGACAAGCUUGAAGCGGUCACAAGGACUUUGUACGCUUGUCAAAUUUCGAAAACGGAAUCUCUUUCAGUCUUUGUCGAUAAAUUUGAAAACCUAGUUUGA